GAAUCAUAGACCGCGUUCCAGUAGUCCGUCCUAUGUCCUUUCCUAACCACGUUUCCUUGACUACACUGGAAAACGGCAUGAGGUGUGCAUGGUGCCCUGCAUUGGACUGGUGUCCCAUUUGGGAUGAAUUCUCCCACCUUGUGCCCAUUAUUGCCAAGGUUGGCUCCGGAUCCACCAUUGCCCUGACCAGGAUAAGAUUUAUCCCUGCCUUUGUUAGCAGCACAAUGGAAGCCCAGCCCAACCCAUUGGUGCUGAGUUGGGGCUUUUGGCUCGGCCCUUUGCCAGGGGAGACUUUAAAAGGAUGGUAAUGCAUGCCAGGUUUCACUCUCUCAUCAGGACAUCCUGAGCUUAGUUGAAGCGAGACAAGAUGAAUCAUCAUUGUACCAAGUUUUCUGGCCACUGGAAGAUUAUUGUGUAUGAUGAGGAGUGCUUCCAAGGUCGCCAUCAUGAGUUCACCUCUGAGUGUUGGAAUGUUAUGGAUUUUGGCUUUGAGAGUGUCCGCUCUCUGAGGAUAGAAAGUGGAGCGUGGGUGGGCUACGAGCACCCGUCUUUUCAGGGCCAGCAGUUUGUGCUUGAACGUGGUGAGUAUCCUCAGUGUGAUGCCUUUGGAGGAAGCAACGCUUACCAUAUUGAGAGGAUGACCUCCUUCAGGCCAAUCUCUUGCAUUAACCACAGGGAGAGCAGGAUGACAAUCUAUGAGAGGGAGAACUACCUGGGCCGCAAGGGGGAGCUAAAUGAUGACUACCCCUCAUUGCAGGCAAUGGGCUGGUGCCAUAAUGAAGUAGGCUCCAUGCGCAUCCACUCUGGAGCGUUUGUGUGUUACCAGUACCCUGGCUACCGUGGAUAUCAGUACAUCAUGGAGUGUGAUCGCCAUGCAGGCGAGUACAAACAUUUCAGGGAGUUUGGGUCCCACUGUCAGACUCCUCAGAUCCAGUCUAUCCGCCGCAUCCAACAGUAACUUGACCAUUCUCUGUCAACU